UCGUCGAGCAAACGCAAUCAAGAUGGCGGCCCCUCAGCAAACGAGAGAAGAUAUUGAGCGCCAGAUUCAAGAGAUACAAAAUCGCACAGCAACACUGCGUCAAACCGACGAGCCUCCACCAGCCAAUGGGAAGGAUGAGCAGGCCGGCUUUGCUGAGACGGGGCACUUUGACCGAGACAUCUAUGAUAAAAGCGUACACAGUCGAUAUGAGGGCUAUGAUUACUCCAUUGCUGCCAAUGAAGCAGAUGAGGAUGAAGACGACUACAGUAAUAAUUCGUUGAUGAACAAAAACACUUACACAGCUCCAGCAUCGCUCUUCAGUGAAGCUCAGGAAUCUGCUAAGGACUAUGAUCCCUUUGCUGGCAACCGAGCCGCCAGGAUUGCAGAACGUGAAGAUGAAUACCGCGCCAGAAGGAGAAUGAUGAUCAUCUCACCGGCAAGACACGACCCCUUCGCCGACGGAGGGAAAACCCCCGAUCCCGGAGAGAGAACGUAUGUUGACAUCCGCAAAGAGCAGUCCAUGACCAAAGAACAGGCUGGCCUUCGGCUGCAAAUGGUGGAGAAAGCCAAGAAGGGUGAACUUGUAGAGGUAUCAAAACCUGUCGCUAAGCCUGCGACAAAACGUCGACGCUGGGAUCAAGUGGGAGAGGAAACACCCGGUGCCACACCCGGUGCCACGCCCAAGAAGAGAGCAAGCACAUGGGAACAGGCCGAGCAACAAGCCUCCACGCCAUCCAUCAGCCGUUGGGACGAAACCCCAGGCAGGGCAAAGGGUAGCGAGACCCCCGGAGCUACCCCCAGCGCCAGCACCCGCGUCUGGGAGAACACCCCGGCCCAUUUGACCCCGGGUCACGUCACCCCGGGCCACGCCACCCCUGGUCAUGCCACACCGGGUCACGCCACCCCGGGGCACAGUGCAACACCGAGUGCUCGUAGGAACAGAUGGGAUGAAACGCCUAGAACCGAAAGAGAAACACCCGGACAUGGCAGUGGAUGGGCUGAGACCCCUCGUACUGAUCGUGGUGGAGAUGCCCCGUCUGAGACCCCUACGCCUGGCAGCAAGCGCCGGUCUCGAUGGGACGAAACUCCAGCGGGUAGUCAGACACCCAGUGCUACGCCCAUUGUAGGUAACACGGCUACGCCGAUGGGUCAGAAGGCCAUGGUGAUGCAGACACCCUCACAGACAGCCUUGAGGAUGAUGACUCCUGAGCAGCUUCAAGCCUGGAGAUGGGAGAAGGAGAUUGAUGAAAGAAACCGUCCGCUGCCGGAUGAUGAGUUGGACUCCAUGUUUCCUGAAGGAUACAAGGUGCUUCAACCCCCAGCAGGAUAUGUACCCAUCCGCACCCCAGCUCGUAAGCUGACCUCCACCCCUACGCCCAUGGGUGGCCUGAGUGGGUUCCACAUGCAGUCUGAUGAUAAGACAGUUGACCCCGGCCUGGCCCAGCCACCCGGUAACCUCCCGUUCCUUAAACCGGACGAUGCCCAGUACUUCGGCAAGUUGCUGAAUGAUGUUGACGAGACCACCUUGAGUGCUGAGGAGCAGAAAGAGCGCCGCAUCAUGAAGUUACUCCUGAAAAUCAAGAACGGCACGCCGCCAAUGCGCAAAGCUGCCCUGCGUCAGAUCACAGACAAGGCCAGGGAGUUCAACGCUGGGCCGCUCUUCAAUCAGAUUCUGCCGCUGCUGAUGUCUCCGACGCUCGAAGAUCAAGAGCGCCAUCUGUUGGUGAAAGUUAUCGAUCGCAUUCUGUACAAGUUGGAUGACUUGGUGCGGCCGUAUGUGCACAAGAUUCUUGUCGUCAUUGAACCACUUCUGAUCGACGAGGAUUAUUACGCCCGUGUUGAGGGCCGCGAAAUCAUCUCCAACCUGGCCAAGGCGGCCGGUCUGGCCACCAUGAUCUCCACCAUGCGUCCCGACAUUGACAAUUUGGACGAGUACGUGCGUAACACGACUGCGCGUGCAUUCGCCGUGGUGGCGUCGGCGCUAGGUAUCCCGUCUCUGCUGCCCUUCUUGAAGGCCGUGUGCAAGAGCAAGAAGUCGUGGCAGGCUAGACACACUGGAAUUAAGAUCGUGCAGCAGAUCGCCAUCCUGAUGGGCUGUGCCAUCCUGCCGCAUCUCAGAAAUCUUGUGGAGAUCAUCGAGCAUGGACUUGUUGAUGAGCAGCAGAAGGUGCGUACAAUCACAGCUUUGGCCUUGGCCGCUCUGGCUGAAGCAGCCACACCCUACGGUAUCGAGUCCUUUGAUAGUGUGCUCAAACCGCUGUGGAAGGGUAUCAGGCAGCAUAGAGGAAAGGGUUUGGCUGCUUUCCUGAAGGCCAUUGGUUACCUAAUCCCUCUGAUGGACCCAGAGUAUGCCAAUUACUACACUAGGGAAGUCAUGUUGAUCCUCAUCCGUGAGUUCCAGUCUCCCGAUGAGGAAAUGAAGAAGAUUGUACUCAAGGUGGUGAAACAGUGUUGCGCAACCGAUGGUGUUGAGGCACAGUACAUCAGAGAUGAAGUGUUGCCGUCGUUCUUUAAACAUUUCUGGCAGCACCGGAUGGCACUGGACAGACGUAACUACAGACAGUUGGUGGACACAACAGUGGAGCUGGCCAACAAGGUGGGAGCAGCGGAGAUCGUGGGACGCAUCGUGGAUGACCUGAAGGACGAAGCGGAGCAGUACCGUAAGAUGGUGAUGGAGACCAUUGAGAAGAUCAUGGGUAACCUGGGAGCGGCAGACAUCGACUCACGCCUUGAAGAGCAGCUGAUUGACGGUAUCCUGUACGCCUUCCAGGAGCAGACCACAGAGGACUCUGUGAUGUUGAACGGCUUCGGCACCGUAGUGAACGCCCUAGGUAAGCGCGUCAAGCCGUACUUGCCGCAGAUCUGUGGUACAAUCCUUUGGAGGUUGAACAACAAGGCUGCCAAGGUGCGCCAGCAGGCGGCAGACCUCAUCUCUAGAAUUGCCGUCGUCAUGAGAACAUGUCAGGAGGAGAAACUGAUGGGUCAUCUUGGGGUGGUGCUGUACGAGUAUCUCGGUGAGGAGUACCCCGAGGUAUUGGGGAGCAUCCUGGGCGCCCUCAAGUCUAUCGUCAACGUCAUCGGGAUGCACAAGAUGACACCCCCAAUCAAGGAUCUCCUGCCGCGGCUGACACCGAUCCUCAAAAACAGACAUGAGAAAGUCCAGGAGAAUUGUAUCGAUCUCGUCGGUCGUAUUGCCGACCGCGGAGCGGAGUACGUCUCAGCCCGAGAGUGGAUGAGAAUCUGCUUCGAGCUUCUUGAACUCCUGAAGGCUCACAAGAAAGCCAUCAGAAGAGCGACAGUCAACACCUUCGGUUACAUUGCAAAGGCUAUCGGACCCCACGAUGUCCUGGCCACGCUUCUGAACAACCUGAAGGUGCAGGAGCGCCAGAAUCGCGUGUGCACCACCGUGGCCAUCGCAAUCGUCGCCGAGACCUGCUCCCCGUUCACGGUGCUCCCUGCAUUGAUGAACGAGUACCGUGUGCCAGAGCUCAACGUGCAGAACGGCGUCCUGAAGUCACUUUCCUUCUUGUUUGAGUACAUUGGGGAGAUGGGGAAAGAUUACAUCUACGCAGUGACUCCGCUACUAGAGGAUGCGCUGAUGGACAGAGACCUCGUCCACAGGCAGACGGCGUGCGCUGCCAUCAAGCACAUGUCGUUGGGAGUCUUCGGUUUUGGCUGUGAGGAUGCCCUCGUACAUCUUCUUAACUUCGUCUGGCCCAACAUCUUUGAGACGUCACCCCACGUGAUCCAGGCUGUGAUGGACUCCAUUGAAGGGAUGCGCGUCGGCCUCGGGGCUAACAAGAUGCUACAGUAUGCACUACAGGGUUUGUUCCACCCGGCGAGGAAGGUCCGUGACGUCUACUGGAAGAUUUACAACACGCUGUACAUCGGUGCACAAGAUUCACUGGUAGCCGGCUACCCGCGGGUCCCCAACGAUGAGAAGAAUCAGUACGUGCGAUACGAACUGGAAUACUUCUUGUAAAUGUACUCUUCCCUGGUAUGGAGUUUCAAGAAAGUCCACAAGGACCAUGGCAUCCUGGGGACACUUUUGUAGAGCUGCUUCAAAAUCACACAGAUUUGAUUAGCUGGAAUUACAUGUAAUCACAUGCUUAGUAGAAAGCAGCUGCCAGGUGAUGUGUAUUGCCUGUGACUGGUGCCCUGCUAAUUUUUCUUUGGCUUAAGGGGUUUAAUUUGCCGAAGCAUUCUUGCAGCUUUAUGAAAGUGAGCCUUGGGCGCAAAUUUAUAAAUAGUAAAAAAAAGGUUUUUGAACCACAAAACUUUGCUAAGCUCACUUUAGCAGAGUGGUCUGUAAUGCAAACUGCACAAGACUGUUAUCUUGCUAACAUUUGCUUUUCAAAUAAAUUUGCUAAGUACUAUUUUUGUUGCUUUGUGGAAACUCUGAUUUCCAUAUGGGACUGGUCCUGUCUUCUAGGGUAAACAAUCCCAGCCUUGGGCUAUUUCACCAACGACUCUCACCCAUUUGUAUUUGAUGGAAUGUAAAUGUGUAAAUGGUGAAACCCUUGUCAAUUUAUUCUAUCCUGAACAAACCAUGUGUUGUGGGUCCAGUGGUGGAUUUCACAAAGAGUUAAGACAAGUCUUAUCUCAAGUAAGGAUGAGUUACUCGUCCUAACUUAGGACUAG